UCCUCCCUUCUCUGCAGCACGCUGCUUGGCGUACAGAUAUUGCAUCGAUCAGCUGUGCUGCUAUUACAGCUGCGCAGAACCCUGCUCUCUUUUCCUUCAUCCACGAAGAUGUCACUCGAGGCAGAGUUUAAGACAGUGGCAGAAGAUGUGAAGAAGGUGAAGACAAGGCCUUCAAACGAGGAGAUGCUGACACUGUAUGGCCUUUAUAAGCAGGCCCUUAUUGGAGACAUUAACACUGAUAAACCUGGAGUAUUAGAUGCAACAGGAAAUGCGAAGUGGAAUGCCUGGAAUUCAAGGAAAGUUCGGCCAUUUGCAUCCGAGAAAGAGUUUGAAGCUACAGUGGAAAUUGUAAGGAAAUUCCAGGAGGGUAUUGGCAAAGAGCUGCACCAGAAAUUACUGCAAAGAGCCAAGACAAGGAGGAACUGGCUGGAGGAAUGGUGGUUAGAUACGGCUUACCUGGAGGUCCGCAUUCCCUCCCAGCUUAAUGUAAACUUUGGUGGCCCAGGAGCUUACCUGGAGCACUGCUGGCCGCCUGAAGAGGGAACUUAUCUACAGCGGGCCAGUAUCAACACAUGGCACACACUGCAGUACUGGAACCUGCUUCGCAUGGAGAGACUGGCUCCUCAGAAAGCUGGUAAAACUCCAUUAGAUAUGGAACAAUUCAGAAUGCUCUUCUCUACCUGCAAAGUACCUGGAGUGAAAAAGGACACCAUCCGUAACUACUUCAAGACAGAGAGUGAGGGCCCAUGCCCUUCCCACCUUGUGGUGAUGUGUCGUGGACGGAUAUUUACAUUUGACGCUCUUUUCAAUGGAACGAUCCUCACUCCUCCAGAACUUCUCAGGCAGCUGAGCUAUGUGAAAGAGCGAUGUGAGGGACAGCCAGAGGGAGAUGGAGUUGCUGCUCUCACCUCAGAUGAGCGGACUCGUUGGGCGAAGGCAAGAGAGCAUCUAAUAAGCAUAGAUCCGCACAAUAAGACGAUCCUUGAGACCAUUCAGAGCAGCCUGUUUGUCGUAUCUCUUGAUGACACGAAACCCUACUCAACUCCAGAGAAUUACACAAAUAUGACCAGAGAGGCUCUUUCAGGCAACCCCACCAUCCGCUGGGGCGACAAAUCAUAUAACUCAACCGUGUUCUCAGAUGGCACUUUUGGAUCCAAUUGUGAUCAUGCACCAUAUGAUGCAAUGGUACUGGUAUCUAUGUGCUGGUAUCUUGACCAGCAAAUCAAAGCAACAGAAGGCAAAUGGAAGGGCUCAGACACAGUCAGAAAAAUCCCCCUUCCUGAGGAGCUGCUGUUUACUCUAGAUGAAAAAGUCUGCAGUGACAUCAAUCAUGCCAAACAGCAGUAUCUCGAGUCGACUCGGGAUCUUCAGAUUGUGUGUUAUGCCUUCACAGCAUUUGGAAAAACAGCCAUCAAAUACAAGAAGCUGCAUCCAGACACCUUUGUUCAGCUGGCGAUGCAGCUGGCCUACUACAGAUUACACAAGAAGCCGGGAAGUUGUUAUGAGACAGCGAUGACACGGAAGUUCUAUCAUGGCAGAACGGAGACCAUGCGACCAUGCACCCAGGAGGCUGUGAACUGGUGUAAAGCCAUGAUAGACCCCACAUGUGAUGUGAAUGCCAGGAGAAAAGCCAUGCUGCUGGCCUUUAAUAAACACAACAAACUGAUGUCUGAGGCUCAAGAGGGAAAUGGUUUUGACAGGCAUCUUCUUGGACUGUAUCUUAUUGCCAAAGAGGAGGGACUUUCCACUCCCGAGCUGUUCAUCGAUCCCCUCUAUUCAAGGAGUGGAGGUGGUGGAAACUUUGUACUGUCAUCCAGUCUGGUGGGUUACACCACAGUCCUGGGGGCGGUGGCUCCCAUGGUGCCCCAUGGAUAUGGCUUCUUUUACCGCAUCAGAGAUGACAGGAUUGUGAUCUCUGUCACAGCAUGGAAAUCUUGCCAUGAGACAGAUGCUGCCUCCCUAUUCAAUAACUUCUCCAGCUCCCUGCAUGAGAUGCUCCACCUUGCCACCAUGUCUCAGCUCUAAGUACAUAACACAGAGAGAAAUGUAAGCAUUGGGGUGUAGGUAUUAGUAUGGAUGCUCACAUUUCUGACUGGUUUAUAAUUACAGCUAAUUCAGCACAAAUCAAUGCAAGAGUGCAGAAUCUGCACCACCACAUGAUCUUCACCAGUUUCACAAUAAUUUUUGAUUGUUUUUUUUAAUGUUCCUUUGAGUGUCCACAUAUUUCCUGGUUCUCUGAUUUUUUUGCUUUUUUGCUUUUUUUUCAGAUUUUUUUUUUAACUGUUUCCUUUUAAAUCCCAACAGUAUAAAUCUUAAUUAAGCUAAAAGCUUAUGUUUUCCACUAGUUUUAGAAAUGAAUAGUUGAAAAGUCAUUCCACUGUAAUUUACAAGUGAAAUGAAAUGGAUUUCAGAUUUUCACUUGGUCGUCCUGUUUAGACUGAUGUACUCAUAGUGCAAUGCUUCUGGAAAAGUAAAUGCAUCUAAUGUUUUUUUGUGUGUUGGUAACUUAAAAAAAAUGAAACUAGAAAUUGAGUAAACAAAUAUAUCGUGUUGUAUGAGGUGCACACACUGAACUAAUCAAAAUGCCUGAUAGAAAAUCCGCUGCCACUUUCUCACUCAACUCGCCUU